AUGGAACGUUGGUCUGGUAAAGUAGCUAUAGUUACUGGUGCAUCCAGUGGAAUUGGAUUAGCAACAGCAAAAGCUCUUGUACAACAUGACGUCGUUGUCAUUGGAUUUGCACGAAGGAAAAAUAAGAUGGAGAGCGAGAUGCAGGAUGUUAUGGGAAAAGAUAAAGGAAAGUUUUAUGCAUACGAGUGUGACCUCUCCAAUCCUGAAAGUGUCGAGAAUGCAUUCGAAUGGGUUAAGAAAAAUUUUGGAGUAGUUCAUAUUCUGGUGAACAAUUCUGGUGUCUUARCAAAAAAGAAACUUAUGGAUUCAUCCAGAUCCGAUUGGAAACAAUUAUUUGAUGUCAAUGUGUUAGGAUUAAUCGAUUGUACGAAACGUGCUGCUAAAAUAAUGUUAGAUGCUGACGUAGAAGGUUGCAUUAUUAACAUCUGCAGUAUUGAAGGUCACGCUGUAAUUGCUUUCCCAGGUGUUACGUUUAAUAUGUAUCCAGCUACUAAAUUUGCUGUUCGUGCUGCUUCUGAAAUCACUGUAAAGGAAUUGUAUGGAACUAAAAUUAGAGUUACGAAUCUCAGUCCAGGAAUUGUUGACACGGAUAUCUUUAAAACCAGUAAUGUUGAGUUCAAAACAGAUGAGGCUCCAAUGCCCCUUUUGAAACCUGAAGAUAUUGCAGAUGGUGUCAUUUAUAUAAUUGGAACUCCUCAACGAGUUCAUAUUGCUGAAUUAACUAUUAGACCAUUGGGAGAACUUAAAUAUGAAUAUCAAUAACAGGAUUAAGUUUAAUAUUUGCUAUGAGUACUAAUAGUCAUAAGAUAACAAAGGUAUAAUUUUUGUAAGGAUUUAAAAUGUGAGUCAAAAGUGUAUU